AUGGUUGGUAAGUUAACGUUCGCCUAUAAACUGAUUGAAUGCCUGCACACAGUAACGUUAGCUGCAGACAGACAGUUGCAUUUUUCUUCACGCUGACAACAAAGAUCACAAGUAAAGUGACUGAGAGGAGCCAGUUAAACUCAUCUAACGUUAACCGCAUAAUCUGACUCUUGACCGUCUGUGAUAGGGCUGCCAAGUUUAUUAUUCACUAAACGCCAUUUAAGCCAGUUGUCAGCUGCCAGCAUCUCUUAGGAUAGCAAUUCAUAUUGUUAAACCUCAGGUUAGUUUGAAGUUGCUUUCAACUCAUUGGUUACUAUUUGUGGCUAUGAACAGUAUGAUGACACAAUCAAUGUUCCUGGGCUGUGUUUCCUUCCUCCUCCCCCACAGCGAGCAGUAAUGAGGCAGGAGGAUUGACAGAGGAAGCAGGUGUCUCAGCGGAGCAUUGGGGAAGGAGGCGGGAGGAGGAGGACAGGAUGCUUGAGGAGGCAGGCCAAGCAGGGACUGAGGCGGAGAGAGAUGAGAUGGAGAUGGGGGGCAUGGACCUGAGGGCGGAGGUGGUGAGGCUGAAUUUGGAGCUCCAGGAGGCCAACGAGGAGAAACUACAGGCGGCCCGUUAUGGCUUGGUGGUGCUUGGAGGAGAGCGCUGAACUGAAGAAGAAACACACCCAGCUGGAGGAGGAGUACGAGACCCUCAAACAGGAGCAACAGCAGCUCAAAGAGGUCAGCAGAAAUGUUCGAUGUCUAUAGCUAUACCAACCUUACUUCCAAACGUACAACUACUACUAUGUGUGCACGGUGGUGACAUUUUCUAUGAUUGAGUGAAGACAAGACCUUUUGUUCAUAGAUUUCUUAUUGCUUUGUCUAAUCAGGCACCACACUAACUAACUACUUCAGUGUGAACAAGUUCCAGUCACACACUGCUCUGUAUUGACCAACCUGGGAUUAGCCACACAAUGGACUUGCUGUUAGGACAGAAGCUUUUAGCUAAACUGUUCUAAACCAAGAAAUAAUCACAAUCAUAAUGUUGCUAGGGAGUUGUUCUUAAUCCAGUGUUACUUAGCAAUUUAUUAAUUGCCUACUGAACAUUUGAUAGGUUCCAUGAAGAUACUCUAUCAUGUUGAACUCUGUUACUAUCUUGGCUGAAUGACAGUUCCCCGAGACUCAAGAGACAUAGCCUAGGGUUCAUAUGAAUCAUUCAGUUUGUGUGAUAAAGAGGAGGACAGGUCGGUUUCUGCUCCUGUAGUGUCAUAUGAUGUUGAUGUGUAUAGAUGUGAUACUGUUUAUCUUUACUAGGGAUCUGUGAUGGAGGGAUGAGAGCACAUUAGUCAGCAUAUCCCAUGUUGGAAGUGGAAAGUGGAAUUAAUUCUAAGCUGCUCUGUCUGAUGCAGACUGCAUGGCAUUAGAGGGGUGAACAGGGCAGGGAAAGAUAUCAGUCGCAGCACGCAAAUCAUUAUCACUGGUAUAAAGGUUAAUCGGCAUUCAUGUAAAUAAAUAAUCUCAUAAAAAUGUAUAUUGUAAUGGAACGUACAGUCACAUUCUGACCAUUGCUUUUGUUAAUGAAUUAUUCCAACUAGUAGCAUCCAACAUAGACCCUGCACAAACAGGCCUACUAUUCUGUUUUAAAUGCUUCAGCAGAGUUUAUAGUUACAUAAGGGCAUUUCCACGGUAACAGAAUUACGCUGAGACUCCGAUUUUUUUACUUUAAAAUGUAUGCCAAACAAAAACCAAUGAUUUCAAAGUUUAACAAACCAUAACUCUAUGCACAAUGACUACUUUGAACAAUUUACACAGGGGGGAAAAACAUUUACUGGAAGAACUGUGCAGAAUUGAGGUAAAACUCCCUCAGUUUUAUUGUUACCAAACUUUGUAUCUUCAGUUCGUCCUGUAAAUGUGUUUUUGUAAAAUGUUCAGUGUAAAUUGUUAAAAGUAUUCCUUGUGCAUAUAGUUCUAUGGUUUUGUAAAGGCCCAGUGCAGUCAAAAAUGUAAUUUUCCUGUGUUUUAUAUAUAUUUCUACACUGAGGCUCGAAUAAUACUGUGAAAUUGUGAAAAUUAUGAUAAUCCCCUUUUAGUGUAAGAGCUGUUUGAAAAGACCGCCUGAAAUUUCAGCCUGUUUUGGUGGAUGGGAGUUUUGGCCUGCGGCGGUAAAUUAGUUGGUAGACCAAUAAGAGAGUUCCAAACCUCUCUGCUAUAACAGCUCGUUUUCAGUUUCCCCCUCCCCACUCAGACCACUCCCAGAGAGUCCUAGCAAAAUACUUGCUUGAGAAAUUGCUCUUUGCUAAGAAUCUAUUUGUUUCUUUUUGACUGUUUUUUAAGGUACUUAAUUGUUACCCAGAAAUGAUUUGAUAUUAUGAUUUUUAAAAAAAGCUGCAUUGUAGGGCUGGGCAAUAUAUCUAAUGAAAUCGAUUAAUUCGGAUCUAUGUUUUUGCGCGAUAUUUCAAAUACCCAUAUCGCAUAUUUUUUGUUUUCAUGAGCGUUUAUGUCUGCUUGUUCUAAUGUCUUUUUGGUCUUGUCUCCUUCGCUCCUUCUGUGCUGUGUGCACCUUCCCAUUUACACCAGAGAUCUGUUUAAAAUAAGUACAUAGAAAUGCUUAUUUUGGACCGAUUUUUGGCGAGAGUGAAACCCCUCUUCCUCUCUGUUUACACACACACACCAAGCCCCUCCCCCUGCCACUCACAACAACAAAGAUGAGAGAUCACUUCUUCCUCUCUGACAAGCGGUUUCAACUCGCUAUUUGAGGUUUGGUCCAACAGAAUUAAUAGGUCAUAUGGAAACCGAAACGCAUUGAAACAUUAUUUUUACUGUAAUAGAGGAGAAGUUAACCUGUCUAACGAUGCCCUUUUAAUGUCUUCUCUGCAAAUUGCGACACUACUAAAACGGGAUUGUCAAUGAACAUUGAUUCUGGAAAAUGUAUGCUCAGUUUGUCAUACCGCUUGCAGCAUUUUAGCCAUAGACUGUUAUACUAGCUGUCUAGUCUGUGUUUUAUAAAUGUGCAAUAAGCAUAAAACACAAUUCUAUAAGGAAUUGGCAACUUGUUCUCAUUCUGAGAAAAGUUAGGCUACUUGAUUUCAACAUCUGAACAAAGUGGACAGGCUAGCAUGCAGUUCAAACUGUUGGAGACAGACAGUACGGUGUGUUCAAUCAUAACAAUUAAACUGUUCUGCCUUGUUAGCUAGUAAAUAGAUCCAAGUUGGCUAAACUUGAAUAUAAAGAUUAACUGGCUACAUUUUUACAUUUUAGUCGUUUAGCAGAUGCUCUUAUCCAGAGCGACUUACAGUUAGUGAGUGCAUACAUUUUUUUCAUACUCACUAGCACGUGGCCUUGUGCUUGAGAGAUCGUUUGAGAUCUGUGUUCAUUUUCGAUAAUGCCUGCUACAAGAAGUUAGUCAUUAUUAGUGAAUGUGCAUUAUGCAUGGUUCUGGUUAAAUUUGUAACAGUAAGGCCAUUUUCAUAGACAGACUUGAAAGCUAAAUAAGUGAUUAUUGCAAGAAAGCAGGUUAAAAUAAUUAAAUUAUUAGUGAGUCUUAUGCAGGGUUGGAAAUUAACACCCGCCAUUGGCUGGUAAGAAUGUCUAUUUCACCAGCCAUGUUGGUGGGUGGUCACACAGCAUUUGGGAAUAGUAAAAAAAAUAAAUCCAAAGGCCAUAUGUAGAAUUUUGGUCGAAUUGACAAGAAAGGCUACUAAAGUUUCUUGGCCAGUUAUAUCAUUUUGUUCACAGCUAGGGUGUUUUUUCAUUGUUAGUUUGAGUUUGCUACAACUGUCUGCUGCUUAGUGGUUGGGAGUCGACUCCAAAAUAAUAGAUUCCUUGCCCGUCGACUCCAAUUUCUGGGUUUCAAGCUUCGAUUCCACUAGGAACUGACUCCUCUAAGAUUCAGUAUUUUUGCAAUGGAGGAAACUAGUUCUUGUAGGCUACUUUCGAGAAUACUGUCACAUUUUUUACAGCAAAGAAAGAGCGAGCUAGGGAGAGAGGGGAGGGGCAUAGGUAGGCAUGUCAUCCACCAGGCAGACUCUCAUUGGAUGUCUCGCGCAAGUUCACUAAAGUAGGGGCUAUCAAUGAGUAGGCUGAGCUAUUCUACAUGCAACAGACCGAAGACCAAACACACACUAGCGUUGUUCAUAGCGAAGAGAAAGAGCAGGUGAGGGAGGGGGAGAGAGAGGAUCUGGGCAGGCAGACACAGUCGGAACCGUGCGCAUACGCUAUAUCUUGGUAAUCUGUAUCUAAAAUAAUGAUUAUGAUCACACUUCAUCAAUUUUAAAUAUUAUGGGGACACCUAUACAUUUGGCAGCCAAGCAUGAGUUAUCAGUGUAGCCUAUUAUCAUUUAGACAUUACUUUUGAAAUAUCUUCACGAUUAGAUUAAAAACCUCCAGGCUUCCGUCAUAAGAGUCAAUUAAGUUAGAAUUUUUUUUUGAUUUGUAGUUUGGAAAAACGAAUCCUGUGUGAAUCGUCCUCUGGAAUAACGCACAUGCUUGGAUAAUGAUUACGUAACCAAUGUCUCUAGUAAUACCCAUCCGAAACGGGCUAUAACAUGGCAAAGAAUAGGCUUAUCAGCUUAGAGUGUGCGGCAUCAUCCCAUGGGAUCCAUCAAGGCUGCGCACAGCAGAAAUAUCACAGAAAUAUUCUAGUUCCUACACAUCACCUUCUAUAUUCAAACAAAAAUAGGCCUUUUAUAGGCUAAGUUGAUGAGAAAAUGGGCAGCAUCAUGCUCAUGCCAGUCCUCUAGAAUGCAAAUGACUGUGCAAUAAUAUGGUGUGUGCGCAUCCGUUUCAGCGUGUUUUGGGAGUCGAGCAAGAGUCGACUCCUUCAACUCCAACCACAGGAGUCGGAGUCGACUCCAAAAAUCCUGGAGUCGUGCACCACUACUUCUGCUAGGAAGACAUCGUAGUCAGAGAUUUUUUUUUCAUUUUUUUUUCUCCAAUAGAGAUUAUUUUGCUUGUAUCUUUGCGUUCUAAUAUCAUAGGCUAAUUUAUUUGUGGCCAAUUGGCCACCUGAGUAAGUGGAAACUCAAAACACAUUAGCUAGAUCACUAGCUCUAAAGAUAAUAACCACUGCUAGUAGCCAGGUAUUAAUCUAACAGUACAUUGUUAUGUAAAAAAAUUAUAAUCAUAAAACCUUGCCGUUGUAGCCUACUGCCCAAUGAGGCCACUGCACUCGCGCGCCAUAUCUCAAAGCCAUAUCAAAUAUCUUGUUAGUAAAAUAGUUGCUAAUGAGCUCAAAAUGUUAUAUAAUCAGAACACUUUUCUUUCUCCUGGAGCAUUUGAAAAGAGAGAGAGCGGGUGGCUUGCUCGACACAGUAGCAGGCCCCAGCGAAACGGAUACAGGGGCAGGUAGGCAGACACUUUCAUUAGAGGAAUCAUGAGGAUAAUGUACUUUACAGCCCAAAUCAUGAUUUUAGCCUCCUAAAAAAUAGGAAGUGUUGAGUGAGGUGAAUGAAUGUGCUGCUCGCACCGAUGCGACCAAUACAUUUUUUAAAACUCGGACAGCCAAGUCAAAGGGUCAUAAAAUGCCACUAAAAGGCCGCGGUCUGGAGCCCUGCAUUGUAGGCUUUUCACUACUCUAACUUUCAUUUUACUUCAAUGAAAAAGGCCUCCAUCUUCACAAUCAACAGUAGCCAAGGCUUCUCUCUCUCCUCAGCAGUAGGGCAGCCCCGGACAAUUUGGCCGCUUACAAUUAUAUUUAUCAGCUUUUCAUUAAUUUGAUCAGCCUAAAGCUAAUUACCAGCUAACAGAAACCCUGUAAUGGACCUAUAUAUUUUUUUAUAAUCUUUGUGAACUAACAAUCCCCAAAAUAAACGCUAGACAGUCAGGGAGAAUUAAAUUCCAAAAACCAUACAUUUAGCAGUAUUGAUUUUAUUACGUUUGAGCAAAAGAACACAGCAUUAGCCGUGACAAAAUGCAUAGAAUUGCAGGAAAUUUGCUUUAAAACUACAUUUUUUCUGCUCCGUGGCAAAAUGUGUAGAAUUGCAGGAAAUUUGGGCGAUAUUACGAUAGCGUCAUCUAUCGACGAUGAUUGACAGCCAUCGUCGAUGGUGACGACAUCGUGAUGUGACAGACAAUGGUUUAGCCUAUUUGAACUUGACUGGCGCCCCGCAGUAAAGAACGGAGUCUCGCAGCGCACAGCAAGACAGCACAAAAGUAACAAUUUGCCUAUUCCUAUUUGCUAUAGCCUAUUUCAUUAAGUAUGUGAUACAGAACGCAAGAGAGGAAUGUAGGCCAGACAGAGUGGAUAAUUCCAUCAAAGCGGCACAAAAUGUCCAGUCAGAAAAUAUUGUUUCUCUCGCCAUCUCUGUCGGAUGCAUGGGCUUUAAAGGCGCUGCAUGGUCAAUCCGACGUUGGCAUUGGCCGUGUAGCAUUUACGGUGAUACGGCCUCUGCAGAAGUCAGGGCAUUCAUACUUCUUGCGUUGAGCAGAGCCUUUGUGGAAGUUGAGCAGAGCCUUUGUGGAAGUUGUCAAGGAAGUGAGUUUGUGUUUUAUACAGGACCAUUUGAAUAGCCUAAAACCGUAAGGUAGCCAGGGGACUAAUAAUGAGGGAACAAACAAUAUCAAUAGCCUAUUGAAAAAUCGAAUAUCAAGUUUAAGCUUUUAAGAAAUAAAUUAUCCAUGUGGGCCGGGAAAAUCCCUCCAAGCGAGGUUGAAAACCAAAUGACCAAUAACCCAUCCUCAUUCCUCUUACUGGCCUAUCAUAAAAGCUUUAAGAAAAGUUAGUUAUGAACAGUAGCUUAUUUCCCAAAUAGUCUAGCCUACAAAGGUGUUGGCCUAAAGUUGUGGCUUUCAAAAAUGACAAGAAUGAAAGUCUAUACAGCAUAGGCUAUUCUCAGAGCUUUUCGUAUUUAUUUUAAUUUUUUAAACGUAUGGACGAUUGACUCUAUUUUGUUUUAAAACAUUUUCUAAAUUAGCUUUGUUGCACAAUUAAAGGUUAGUACGCUGCAUUUCAAACAGUCGGGAAUAAUCUAAUGAAUUCAGGGCUUGUAAACUAUACCUAGGCUAAAUUAUACCUAGCCUUCCACAACCACAAGACCCACUAAUAAUAAUAAUAAUAAUAAUAAUAAUAAUAAUAAUAUUAUUUCAUUAUUAUAUCAAAAUAGUUUAACAUGCUAUUUUGCAAUAGUCACUGAUCUGGCUUUCAAGUCUGUCUAUGAAAAUGUCGUUUUUGUUUCAUAUUUAACCAGAACCAUGCACAAUGCAGUGCACAUCAACUAAUAAUGGGCCAUGUUAGAUUAGCUAGCCUCGUCGAAAACCAGGCUUCCCUUAAAGGGAACCCGCUGUAAAUCAUUGACGCCUCGCAACAUGUCAAACCAAUCAAAUGCCUUGCUUCAGCGGAGCUCCAAAGGUGCUUACUACAUAGAUAAGUGUAGUAGGUGCAAAAUUGCAUGAGAAUGGCCGGGAAAUCGCAUAUUUUAAAACCUCAUCAAAAUACACUACAUAACCAAAAGUAUGUGGCCACCUGCUCGUCGAACAUCUCAUUCCAAAAUCAUGGGCAUUAAUAUAGAGAUGGUCCCCCCUUUGCUGCUAUAACAGCCUCCACUCUUCUGGGAAGGCUUUCCACUAGAUGUUGGAACAUUGCUGCGGGAACUUGCUUCCAUUCAGCCACAAGAGCAUUAGUGAGGUCGGGCACUGAUGUUGGGCAAUUAGGCCUGGCUCGUAGUCAGCGUUCCAAUUCAUCCCAAAGGUGUUCGAUGGGGUUGAGGUCAGGGCUCUGUGCAGGCCAGUCAAGUUCUUCCACACCAAUCUCGACAAACCGUUUCUGUAUGGACCUCGCUUUGUGCACGGGGGCGUUGUCAUGCUGAAACAGGAAAGGGCCUUCCCCAAACUGUUGCCACGAAGUUGGAAGCACAGAAUUGUCUAGAAUGUCAUUGUAUGCUGUAGCGUUAAGAUUUCCCUUCACUGGAACUAAGGGGCCUAGCCCAAACCAUGAAAAACAGCCCCAUACCAUUGUUCCUCCUCCACCAAACUUUACAGUUAGCACUAUAUAUUGGGGCAGGUAGUGUUCUCCUGGCAUCCGCCAAACCCAGAUUUGUCCGUUGGACUGCCAGAUAGUGAAGCGUGAUUAAUCACUCCAGAGAACGCAUUUCCACUGCUCCAGAGUCCAAUGACGGCGAGCUUUACACCACUCCAGCCGCAUGCUGAUCUUAGGCUUGUGUGCGGCUGCGCAGCCAUGGAAACCCAUUUGAUGAAGCUCCCGACAAACAGUUAUUGUGCUGACGAUGCUUCCAGAGGCAGUUUGGAACUCAGUAGUGAGUGUUGCAACUGAGGACAGACAAUUUUUACGCGCUUCAGCACUCGGCGGUCCCGUUCUGUGAGCUUGUGUGGCCUACCACUUCGCGGCUGAGCCGUUGUUGCUCCUAGACGUUUCCACUUCACAAUAACAGCACUUACAGUUGACCAGGGCAGCUCUAGUAGGGCAGAAAUUUAAUAAACAGACUUGUUGGAAAGGUAGCAUCCUAUGACGGUGCCGCGUUGAUAGUUACUGAGCUCUUCAGUAAGGACAUUGUACUGCCAAUGUUUAUCAAUGGAGAUUGCAUGGCGGUGUGCGCGAUUUUAUAUACCUGUCAGCAACCGGUGUGGCUGAAAUAGCCUAAUCCACUCAUUUUAAGGGGUGUCCACAUACUUUUGUAUAUAUAGUGUGUGUCGGAUGUAUGCCGAUUUUGUGUAUAGAGCACAAUUCUGGCAAAACACAAUUCAGUUUUUCUUCAAUUUUCUGCAAACUAGCAUACGGAACAACUGUCUGCAAAAUGUGUCCUACCCGGUCUGAAAACAGUGAUGAACAUAACACGUAGCACCAACGGGCAUGUGGGGGAGGGUUCUUGAAAUGUAACAUCCAAUAAAAAUCUUGCCGCUGGCCAGCGGUCCAUUCAAACCGUUUUGGUAAUAUAAAAUUCUCCAGACCUCCAAGGUAGGCAUGACAAUGACGUGAUUUUGGAGGUAUGGCCAUGCAAGACUAAAAUCUAGCCAACUUCGAUCUAUUUGCUUGCUAACAAGGUAGAACAGUUUAACCAAAGAUUUCUAUAACUAAACCAAGAUCGACCACAGCCUGUAGUUUCCAAUGGGGACAAAUGAGUCAUAGUGGGCAGAACAAGCAAGGAGGUGGGCAGAGCCAAGCACACGCUAGCGAGAUCCUAUUAGCCCGUUCUAGCAUACAUGUGCAUAUUUCUGGUUGGGAACGCCCACUCUGUGAAGUGCGCGUGUGCGAUUACUCAAUUCGCCUUUGCACUCCUUCUAAACAAUGCGUUUUUUUACUACUUUGGCAAAGGUUAAAGUCUACAAAACGUAGUCCACUCUGUUCAUAACAUAUUCUAUUUUUGGGAACAGAAAACUGUAUUGAGAUCAAAUGUUUAAUCGCUGAGAAAAUUUGCAGAAUGUUGGCCAAAAUCCAUCUCCUUCCAUCUUCUCCCACUGCCGGCCACUGGGCUUCCUCUCACUACCAUAUUUGGUAGUGAGUGGAAACGCCAAGCGGAUGCUUCACAUUUAUUCAUCCGGUGAAAUAUCUGUCUCAUUGUUCUAUCUGUGGUUGAACUGUUAUGAAUACACCCUCCAGUCCGUUUCCAACCUGUUUGAACAACAGCCUGUUCACUUUGUUUCGAUUUUGAAAUCAAGUGGCCUACCUGGAUAAGAAGAUUAGCAUUUCUCAGAAUGAGAACGAGUUGUCAAGCCAAUUCCUUAUAUAAAUGCGUGUUAUGCUCAUUGCACAUUUCUAAAACACGCACUAGACUGCUAGCACCCAACAGUAUGUGGCAAAAAUUCUGCUAGCGCGUGACGGAAACUGAAAAUAGAUUUUCCACAAUCAUGUUCUUUGAUACUCUCAAUUUAGUAGGGUCUGCUCUGUUCAACAUUUUGGAAAUUGAGACAUAAGUGUAUCGUUAGAAGGGAAACCGACCGAUUCUGUUAUACCAAAACUCCAAUGCAAAUAGCGAGUUGAAACCGCUUGUCACAGAGGAAGAAGUUAUCUUUUGUCUUUAUUGUUGAGUGGCAGUGGGAGGGGCUUGGUGUCUGUGUGCGAGUGGGAAAGUGCACACAGCACAGAAGGAGCCAAGGAAAAUAGACUAAAAAGACAAACGCUCAUAAAAGCGUAAAAAUAUAAAAACCAGGCAUUUGGAACAUUGCGCUAAAACAUCAAUUUGAAUUCAUUCGAUAUAUCGCCCAGCCCUAGCUCAUACCAGACUGGUUUGAGCUAGGGCAGUAGCAGUAAUCCUUCCUGGCUAGUAACAGUGGCAUGGGGCGUUGUCCUUGUGCAUGGCUGCUCAACAGACAUGAUUAGAGAUAGCUUCUCAUGGGAUUCUACAAUCUUUUUCCUACCAUGUCCAAUCCAUCUAACCCUCACACAUAGUCAUGCCCAGUGGAUCUGUGUGUGGACCAUAUCCAUUAGUGACAGUUUAUUUAAUUGACUGACUUUCUAGACAGACUGGUGAUGUCAGCUGUCAUUUUAAAAGAAUAUAUUCCUUUUUGGCUUGUCCCAUAGAUGAAACUGGUUUGGUAGUACCACAUUCUCAAUUGAGGAAAUGUAGGCUUAAGUUAUGCAUGGGAUGUACUCAAGACUGCUCAGAUUUCGACAGCUGGUCUGUGGAGUCCUAUUUUCACUGGCACAGAUAUACAUCUUUGUUGUUUUGGGUCUAAGGAAAAAGUGCUGCGUCUUUAGUAGAUGCGGCACUUGGCACUGUUUUAGUUUCCAUCUUGCAUUUCACAAUGCACCCUACUGAUAGACCAUGUGCCAUACAGACCACCAUAUUGUGGUCACCCAACCAAAACUCGAUACAAAUAAAUGCCUCUUUUUGCUUUGUAUCUGUCUGUGUGUACUAGGCUCUGUCAGACUCUGUGACCCACCACAAGCGAGCAGCAGCAGAUGGGGAAACCCGGGAGGAGUGCCUGCUGCAGGAGACUGCCAGCAAGGAGGCUGCCAUGGCAACCAGCAUGGCUGAGCUGCAGGCUGAAUUACGGCAGGUGCGCAUCACUCUGGGCAACGCUCACGCAGAGAUCGACCGACUGGCUGGCCUCUCCUCCCAGCUAAAGAAGGUAUACAUUUACGGCCUAUCCAUUCACUGAGAUGCUGAAUGCUUUACACACCAAUAUUUUAUUGUAUAUGGAAGGAUAAAACUCUAAUGGUAUUUGUUAAUCUCUCCAUUCAACUCAAAUGUAGGUCUACCUAGUAAAAGUCAAAUAAGGAAAUAUUUUACACUCUUAAUUCCUGCUAGUUUCUUGUGUGUGUUAAAAUGUCUAGUAAAGAGCAGUGUGCAGUGCUUCCAUAACGUUAAUGUGUAAUUAGUUCCACUGAGAGCGUGUGUGUGUUCCCAGGAGUGUGAGUGUUGGGAGGCGGAGAAGGGCCACAUGAGGAAUGAGAUGAAGGAGUAUAAGGUGCGGGAGCUCCGGCAGCUCCAGGACAACAGUGAGCUGGAGGAGGAGAACACCUGUUUGCAGAAACAGGUGUCUGUACUCAAGGAGAACCAGGUCAGUCUCUCACUGCUCACCACUCACAUCACUGAUAAUCAACCAUAGAAAUAGAAUGAAUAGAAAGGGCGUCUCCAUUCAAGUCAAUUUUUAUUUCAUUUAACCUUUAUUUUAUCAGGGAGUCACACUGAGACCAAAGUCUCUUUUACAGAUGAGCCCUGAAUUACAGAAAAUACAGACAUCAAAAUAUAAAUACAGAAUGCAAGCAGAAAGAUGGCAUAAUGGGUAAUGAUAGACACUAAGUGUACAAAACAUUAGGAACAUCUUCCUAAUAUUUUGCCCUCAGAACAGCCUCAAUUCGUUGGGGCAUGGACUACAAGGUGUCGAAAGCGUUCCACAGGGAUGCUGGCCCAGGUUGACUCCAAUGCUUCCCACAGUUGUGUCAAGUUGGCUAGAUGUCCUUUGGGUGGUGGAACAUUCUUGAUUCACGGGAAACUGUUUAGCGUGAAAAACCCAAUAGCGUUGCAGUUCUUGACACAAACCGGUGUGCCUGGCACCUACUACCAUACCCCGUUUUAAAGGCACUUAAAUAUUUUGUCUUGCCCAUUCACCCUCUGAAUGGCACACAUACAAAAUCCAUGUCUCAAUUGUAUCGAGGCUUAAAAAUCCUUGUUUAACCGGUCUCCUCCCCUUCAUCUACACUUUUUUGAAGUGGAUUUGACAGGUGAUAUCAAUGAGGGAUCAUAGCUUUCCCCUGGAUUCACCUGGUCAGUCUGUCAUGGAAAGAGCAGGUGUUCCUAAUGUUUUGUGCACUCGGUGUAUCCACCAAAUGUUUUAAACGCUUUUAAAACACUGAAGCCAAACGUGGAAACUAUGGAUAUAACUUCCUCCGCGCUCGCGCGUUAUCAUAUAUCAAAUGCGCGGCACUAGAAAUCCCUGAUACGUCUUGACAAAAAACACCAUAUUACUGUCCUGUAAAUUUGCCUGGACCUUGCAAGCUAAACUGCCGAGAAAAAACCCAUAACUGAUCCGAAUGGUUGCCCAAUCGCAGGCAGGCAAGAUGCAGUUAUUUCGAAAUGAAUAUACAUUCAAAACGCCAGGCUUUUGAGAGGUUAUUCAAAUGACAGGCUAUUCACUGCAGUUUACAGCCUAGACUAGCGUUUUGUACUCACUUGAAAACAAUAAUAACAUUCUUCAUUACAAUGUGUUGUAGCCUAGGUAGGAUAUAUUUAUUUUCCCUAAAAAACUGAAACAAUAGGGUAGCUUUUCGAGCUGCGUACCCGGGGACUGUGAGGUAGUGCACUCAACGCAGCCUCAGGAGCGCACAGUGUAGGCUACCUAUGAUUUUGUUAUCUAGCGUUGAGUGCACUACCUCACAGUAGGUCCUCUGUAGCUCAGCUGGUAGAGCACGGCGCUUGUAACGCCAAGGUAGUGGGUUCGAUCCCCGGGACCACCCAUACACAAAAAAAAAAAAUGUAUGCACGCAUGACUGUAAGUCGCUUUGGAUAAAAGCGUCUGCUAAAUGGCAUAUUAUAUUAUAUUAUUAUCUGAUCAACUUCUUUGGUCUUCGCUGUGUAAAUUGACUGGAUAUAUUAAUUGCGGUAUUAAGCCUAACAUUUAGCUGAUGAAUUAUGGUCUAAUAUGCUUCUACUUAGGCUAUAGGCUACAUCUCAAGCCUGUCUGUCUUUGUUCUGUUGCGCAAUUACGCACCUGGCUUCUCCGCUACCACAACUAUACCUUUUUAAUCUUGUGGCGUCCCAGGAAAAGCCAGAUUACAAAAGCUUGUUGGACACUUAUUUCGACUUAUUUUCUUUAGCCUACUAAUAGCCUAUUGGAGGAGAGAUGCACACUUGCUCUUGCUUGCUGAAUGUAAAAUAGGCUACAGCAUCAAAGGAGAAGCCCAUAUUUUCCUAUAGUAGGCCUAUCUUAACACCGGGUUACAUCCUGACAAAAUAGGCCUACACCAUAUGAGUGGCCUGCUAAUGUACAUUUCUGGAUCUUCUAAACUGUCGAGAAUAGACCCAAAUGGUUGCAUAAUCAGGCCUAGGCUGUUGACCUAUGCAGUUAUUUCGGUGGUUAUUCAAAUUAGCCUAAAUCACUAAAGUUUACAAUAAUUGUGUUAUUCACUACAUACCAAUAAUACAUUCCUCAUUGCACUGUGUUGUAGGCCAGGUAGUUAUUUUCUUGUCUAAAAACGUAGGCCUAGGCCUAAUCAAUAGUGGAGCUUUGCGUGCCCCGGGACCACAGAGUGCAGCCUGGCGGAACGCACUACAGAUCUGCCAUUUCAUAAUCUGUUAACUUAUUUUUCUUACACUUUCAUAUGGAAAUAGUUAGCUUAUAGCCCUAAUAUUUAGCUAAUGAAUGGCCUAAUAUCUAGCUAAUAAUGACUUACUUUGGCUACACAUCAGUAGCCUCUCUCUUCCAGCUGUUCCCAUGCACAACAUGCUAUAGGCUACACAAGUCUCUCCACAAUAGGCCAUUCCUCUUCUCGUGAAAUCCCAGGAAAGCUAUAGGCUACAAAAGCUAUAGGAUAUUUAUUUUGAUACUUUUUUUUAUUCUAGGCCUAAUAGCCUAUUCGGGGAAAGAAGCAGGCUUGCUCUUGCUAAUUGCUGAAUGUAAAACAGGCCUACAGCACAGAAAAUACAGAGAUGAGCACAGUGAAAAAGAAGACCUAAAGGAAUUGACAACCAUUGGAAAAAUGGAAAUCACUUGCAAACCAGUUGCGCAACGAAGCAAUGACAUACUGUAAAAGAUGUGCAGGCUAAACAGCGUUUGUUGUUGAAUUGCUACAUUUAAAUACGAGUUACUAUAUUAUUUUUAAUUAGGCCUAUAUGUACAGUGCAUUCGGAAAGUAUUCACAUGCCUUGACUUUUUCCAAAUGUUUUGUUACGUUACAGCCUUAAUCUAAAAUUGAUUAAAUUGUUUUUUUUCUCAUCAAUCUACACACAAUACCCCAUAAUGACAAAGCAAAAACAGCUUUGUAGAAAUGUUUGCAAAUGUAUAAAAAAAUAUAAAACUGAUAUGACAUUUACAUAAGUAUUCAGACCCUUCACUCAGUACUUUGUUGAAGCACCUUUGGCAGCGAUUACAGCCUUGAGUCUUCUUGGGUAUGACGCUACAAGCUUGGCACACCUGUAUUUAUGAAAGAAAAAAAAGGAGAAAGAAAAUGUAUGCAAUCACUAACUGUAAGUCGCUCUGGAUAAGAGCGUCUGCUAAAUUACUAAAAUGUAAAUGUAUUUGGGAAGUUUCUCCCAUUCUUUUCUGCAGAACCUCUGAAGAUCUGUCAAGUUGGAUGGGGAGCGUCGCUGCACAGCUAUUUUCAGGUCUCUCCAGAGAUGUUUGAUUGGGUUCAAGUCCGGGCUCUGGCUGGGCCACUCAAGGACAUUCAGAGUCUUGUCCCGAAGCCACUCGUGCAUUGUCUUGGCUGUGUGCUUAGGGUCGUUGUCCUGUUGGAAGGUGAACCUUCGCCCCAGUCUGAGGUCCUGAGCGCUCUGGAGCAGGUUUUCAUCAAGGAUCUCUCUGUACUUUGCUCCGUUCAUCUUUCCCUCUAUCCUGACUAGUCUCCCAGUCUCUGCCGCUUGAAAAACAUCCCCACAGCAUGAUGCUGCCACCAUCUUCUUCACUGUAGGGAUGGUGCCAGGUUUCCUCCAGACGUGACGCUCUGCAUUCAGGCCAAAGAGUUCAAUCUUGGUUUCAUCAGACCAGAGAAUCUUGUUUCUCAUGUCUAUAUAAGGUCUGCAGAACAUUUCUGGUACCCUUCCCCAGAUCUGUGCCUCAACACAAUCCUGUCUCGGUGCUCUACGGACAAAACCUUUGACCUCAUAACUUGGUUUUUGCUCUGACAUGCAUUGUCAACUGUGGGACCUUAUAUAGACAGGUGUUUGCCUUUCCAAAGAAUGUCCAAUCAAUUGAAUUGACCACAGGUGGACUCCAAUCAAGUUGUAGAAACAUCUCUAGAAGGAUCAAUGGAAACAGGAUGCACCUGAGCUCAAUUUCGACUCUCAUAGCAACACAUAGAACACUUAUGCAAAUAAGGUAUUUUGUGUGUUCUAAAAACCUGUUUUCGCUUUGUUAUUAUGGGGUAUUGUGUAUUGAUGAUGGGAAAAAAUGUAUUUAAUCCAUUUUAGAAUAAGGCUGUAAUGUAACAAAAUGUGGAGAAGGGGUCUGAGUACUUUCCGAAUGCACUGAAGUAUUAUUUGCAGUUUUCCCUAUGGCAAUGAAAACACCCUGAAAGCACUGUAUGGUCUGAACCAGUUUCUGUGCGUUAGAGACCUCAUGAAUGGUCUUGUUACCACAAUAGGCAGAUUGCAGUAGGAUACGUUGAGUAAAGCGAAAGUCGAAUCCCUCACUUACGUUGUUUGGUUGUGCCCAUAGCAACAUAAUAUUUUUUUUUGGUGGAUAUGGGAUAAUGAUGACAUAAUGGGUGGACUGGCAGCUAUUUUGAGUGUACCCAUGCCAGGAAGUAAAAGCAGGAAGUGUACCCUUCAAUCUGUGCUGUAAUUUGUUGAGUCAACUCAACUGACAUUACAAAAAAUACAUUCCAUUGCAUGAGCCACAUCAGUUAGCAUCAUUUGAAUGAACAUUCUACAUUAUUAACAUGGCAAUCCAGCAUCAGUUGAUGGGACAUUCCAAAAUACCCUGGAAAUUAUUGCAUCACAAUACCUGGCAGCCAUAAUCCCAGUCGUUAUUAGAUAGAACGUUGCGGCCCUGCCCGCCUGUGGGGAAAACAGCAUGUGGUUACCUAGGCUACCCCAUUGGUUCACAGCAAAAACGUACCAUUUUUCAAACGCUAUUUUCUGGUCUUUGUUUUAGUCAAUUACAAAACGACAUUUAAGAAAAGUAUGUCUAAAGAUAACUUUUCAACAUUGCUUGCUCCUGGGCAUUCUCAAACAACAUAAUAUUGUAGGGCUUCCCUCAUGCCCCUUUUCAUGAUAGUGCUAGCAGCUACGUGAGUGAGUGCUAGCUAGCUGCUGACCGGAACAUUGUUUGUGAAGACCAACAACACAAACAAACAGACUAUACAGCUACAAGUAGUUAGUGGAGUUACAAACAAACUAUACUAAACAAGUUAAAUGUCUUACCUGUGAUAUAAAUAUUUUCCACACACAUACGGUAGCUACGUGUAGCCUACUUGGACACUGGGUCCCCACAUUUCCCACUCUCCCAUGCCAAAUUGCCUGAAGCCACAGGGCUCUUCUCGCAGUCUCCAUUUCCCUACGUGGGAUUUUUGACCUGGUUACAUGUACAUGGAACAACACAGCAGCUUUUUGGCAUGUUUUGUUAUUUCUGUAUAACCAAAAAUCUAUGACGAAGUUGGCUCUUUUACACUGGCGGUCAAUGGGAAAGAAUGUUUGUUUUCCCCAAUUUGUGGGCGUGGUCGAGGGGAAUUCCUUAUUAUUACGUGAAUAUCGACUCAGACUAUUGCGAGUGUACCCAUGAGUUUACCAGUCAAAUUGACUGUGUUAGAGCUUCCAAGCCCGUUCUAUUCAUUCUAUUUUUAUGUCAUCAACUCUCGGGUACCACAACAGGGCCGUGUUCAGUAGCGAGAAACAUUUUUGAAACAGGGAGGAACUUAUCCAAUAUGAUUUUAGUGUUCUAUUGCAUGAAGAUUCACCACAGUGUGCCCUACUGAACACAACCCUGGUCUCCCAUCAACAGCCAGUUUGGGACUUGGGCCAGAAUACUCCUACUCUUCCCAAAAGGGUCAUGGAAUGCAUACCCAGAGUUACUCAGAACCUUGUGUAACUGCUGAAAAAUGUGCAAUGUCAUACCAAACAGUAGGAAUGUGUUUAUUUCUUAAUGGACAAUAGGGGGUUCCAGAUCAUUCUGUGGUUGGUUGGUUUCUAUUCUUCCUAUCCACUCGAGUCUCCAACUCCUACUGGGUUUAGUAUCUGAGGGUGUCUGAGGAUUCUUUCCCAGUGGUUCAUGAAUAAGGGCUAGCCUUGUCUGGUGUAUGUUCUGGGUUUGGCUGACAGUGCCUUGUGACUGUGUUUUCCCCUGUCAAUCUGUCUGACACAUACUCAUUGUUGGGGAGUCAUCUCAGUUGAUGGGAGACAAUGGCAUCGCUCCAGUGGGACGUCUCAAUGAACAAUCAGGACAGAUAUGAUUCUCAUCCUGGUCACCCAUAGGCCUGCUGUAAAUGUGACGUAAACUCUGCUAACUGGUUUGUCAGUUUACUCAUCAGUUGGCCAAGUAGUGCAGAUCAAUUAUUGAAAAGGUUUCAAAAAUAUUUUACCAACUGCCAGCCAAAAGUAACCGAUAUGGAACGUUCCUGUCGGUGAUCUAUGUUCUAAGGUCAGAGUAAUGAUCAUCUAUGUAUUUUACAGUUACACAUUCCUAGUCCAGUACCACCCAACAUACAUGACAAAAUAAGAUUAACUUUUAUUGUCCCUGAAGGAAAAAUUGUCUGGGACAUUCAACACACUACUCCCAAAGUGUUAACAUACUCAGGCCUAAUCUCUCUGAGUCUCUGUCCUCACAUGCCCUCUCUUUUGUCAUCUGCAGGUGGAGUUUGAGGCGGUGAAGCUGGAGCUCACCCACAAGGAGGAGCAGGACGAGGUUCUCCGGGCCCAGCUGGAGGAGGCGGCGCGGCUGAGGGAGAUCGCCGAGCGUCAGCUGGACGAGGCCCUGGAGGCUCUGAAGGAGGAGAGGGAGCAGAAGAACAGCCUGAGGAGGGAGCUCUCGGCCCUGGCCCUCAACCCCUUCGACUCUGUGGGCCACCUGGAGCUGCAGCUGGAUGACAGUGGGGAUAGCGGAGGGGGCCAAAGGAGCUCUGAGGACCAGGAGCACGACCAGGACAGCGGUUACAACAAUGGUCCAGGGUCUGGUUGCGCUCCUACUAACCCUAACCCCAAGGCCAACGGGCACAUCCAGCGCUUCUCCACCCCCAGGAACAGUGAUGUGUUCCUGAGGCCUGCCCCUGGCCUGGUGUCUGACCUUCUCAGUGAGCUGCACCUCUCAGACAGCCAGAAGCUCAAACAGCAGCUCAUGCAGGUACACAACCGGGUCCUAUCCACAGAGAUUCUAUUAAAUAACUAUAUGCAGGCCUGGAAUUUUGUGAUUUUAGGGGUAAGGCCAUUGGCCUUCAAGAGGUGCCCAAUCUUUCGGGUGGGACGUUAAACGGGUGUCCUGACUCUUUGUGGUCACUAAAGAUCCCAUGGCACUUAUUGUAAGAGUAGGGGUGUUAACCCUGGUCUCCUGGCUAAAUUUCCAAUCUGGCCCUCAUACCAUCAUGGCCACCUAAUCAUCCCCAGCUUCCAAUUGGCUCAUUCAUCCCCCCCCUCCUCUCCCCUAUAACUAUCCCCCAGGUUGUUGCUGUAAAUACGAACGUGUUCUCAGUCAAUUUACCUGGUAAAAAAAUUAUUCCAGGGCGCCAAGGCCAUUAACCAAAAUAGCCUAAUACAUUUAUUUGAAAACUGAAAAACGCUAGCUACUGUAAGUGUAUGUUAAUGUACCUAAGUAAUUAGCCUACAUGUCGACAUGUAGGUGAUAGCCAAUGCGUAUUGGCUGCAGCCUGUCAUGUCCAGAGCGACGUUGACAUGGAGGCGCCUGUAAAUGUAGCCAAACUUUUUAAUGAGACUUUUAAUUACAUAUAUACACUGCUCAAAAAAAUUAAGGGAACACUUAAACAACACAAUGUAACUCCAAGUCAAUCACACUUCUGUGAAAUCAAACUGUCCACUUAGGAAGCAACACUGAUUGAAAAUAAAUGUCACAUGCUGUUGUGCAAAUGGAAUAGACAACAGGUGGAAAUUAUAGGCAAUUAGCAAGACACCCCCAAUAAAGGACUGGUUUUGCAGGUGGUGACCACAGACCACUUCUCAGUUCCUAUGCUUCCUGGCUGAUGUUUUGGUCACUUUUGAAUGCUGGCGGUGCUUUCACUCUAGUAGUAGCAUGAGACGGAGUCUACAACCCACACAAGUGGCUCAGGUAGUGCAGCUCAUCCAGGAUGGCACAUCAAUGCGAGCUGUGGCAAGAAGGUUUGCUGUGUCUGUCAGUGUAGUGUCCAGAGCAUGGAGGUGCUACCAGGAGACAGGCCAGUACAUCAGGAGACAUGGAGGCCGUAGGAGGGCAACAACCCAGCAGCAGGACUGCUACCUCCGCCUUUGCGCAAGGAGGAGCAGGAGGAGCACUGCCAGAGCCCUGCAAAAUGACCUCCAGCAGGCCACAUGUGCAUGUGUCUGCUCAAACGGUCAGAAACAGACUCCAUGAGGGUGGUAUGAGGGCCCGACGUCCACAGGUGGGGGUUGUGCUUACAGCCCAACACCGUGCAGGACGUUUGGCAUUUGCCAGAGAACACCAAGAUUGGCAAAUUCGCCACUGGUAAUCUUGCUCUGAUUUGUCAUUCUGAGGGUUCGGGCGGGGUGGGUGUGGAGCCAGAGACAGCAAGGGUUCAAACUGUAGAACCCAGUUCCUACAUUUGAAUACAAAAAUGGAUUUUAUCAAAGAAAAUAUGCUACAUUUUAUCUCUAGGACCCUCAGGAUGACAAAUCAGAGCAAGAUUACUGAAUAUAAGUACAUUAUUUACCUUCAGAGGUGAAUGUAUCAAACCAGUUGCCGUGAUACAUUAUUUGUUGUUGUGCGCUCUCCUCAAACAACAGCGUGGUAUUUUUUUCACUGUAAUAGCUACUGUAAAUUGGACGGUGCAGUUAGAUUAACAAGAAUGUAAGCUUUCUGCUCAUAUAAGACAUGUCUAUGUCCUGUCAUAUGAAACCGGUCGCAUUUGCGGUGCACUUUUGAGAACAGUGUUUUACCGCUAAAUGUCAUUUUGGAAAGUUCAUGCUUAUAGUCUACUGCCGCGUGCGUGUUGCUGCGCUUAUAAUGUGAAGAAAUAGCUUAAAAUGUUGAUUAGGCUAAAUGUUCUGAUCUGUUGCAUCAGCCUAAUUUAUUUUAAAAGGUUUUUGAUGGACAGUGGUUGUAUGAAUUUGGGAUCUAUCACAUCCCACAACUGUCCUAGAGUAUGUUUGGAAUAUUUAUUUAUCGCAAAGGACAAGUUGACCAAUAGAAUAGGUCAACUUUUGUACUAUGGGGGAUAGUAGAUUGACAUAGGCUAGGGCUUUUACUGUUUGUUAGGCCUACUCAUCUUGUUGGCUGACGGAAAGUACAGUGGGGAAAAAAAGUAUUUAGUCAGCCACCAAUUGUGCAAGUUCUCCCACUUAAAAAGAUGAGAGAUGCCUGUAAUUUUCAUCAUAGGUACACGUCAACUAUGACAGACAAUGAGAAAAAAAAAUCCAAUUUGCAAAUUGUGGAAAAUAAAGUAUUGGUCAAUAACAAAAGUUUUCAAUACCCUUUGUUAUAUACCCUUUGUUGGCAAUGGAAACCAGGUCAAAAGUCCUUCAAGGUUUUCACACACUGUUGCUGGUAUUUUGGCCCAUUCCUCCAUGCAGAUCUCCUCUAGAGCAGUGAUGUUUUGGGGCUGUCCGCUGGGCAAAUGGACUUUCACUCCCUCCAAAGAUUUUCUAUGGGGUUGGGAUCUGGAGGACUGGCUAGGCCACUCCAGGACCUUGAAAUGCUUCUUACGAAGCCACUCCUUCGUUGCCCGGGGCGGUGUGUUUUGGGAUCAUUGUCAUGUUGAAAGACCAGCCACGUUUCAUCUUCAAUGCCCUUGCUGAUGGAAGGAGGGUUUCACUCAAAAUCUCACGAUACAUGGCCCCAUUCAUUCUUUCCUUUACACGGAUCAGUCGUCCUGGUCCCUUUGCAGAAAAACAGCCCCAAAGCAUGAUGUUUCCACCCCCAUGCUUCACAGUAGGUAUGGUGUUCUUUGGAUGCAACUCAGCAUUCUUUGUCCUCCAAACACGACGAGUUGAGUUUUUACCAAAAAGUUCUAUUUUGGUUUCAUCUGACCAUAUGACAUUCUCCCAAUCCUCUUCUGGAUCAUCCAAAUGCACUCUAGCAAACUUCAGACGGGCCUGGACAUGUACUAGCUUAAGCAGGGGGACACGUCUGGCACUGCAGGAUUUGAGUCCCUGGCGGCGUAGUGUGUUACUGAUGGUAGGCUUUGUUACUUUGGUCCCAGCUCUCUGCAGGUCAUUCACUAGGUCCCCCCGUGUGGUUCUGGGAUUUUUGCUCACCGUUCUUGUGAUCAUUUUGACCCCACGGGGUGAGAUCUUGCGUGGAUCGAGGGAGAUUAUCAGUGGUCUUGUAUGUCUUCCAUUUCCUAAUAAUUGCUCCCACAGUUGAUUUCUUCAAACCAAGCUGCUUACCUAUUGCAGAUUGUCUUCCCAGCCUGGUGCAGGUCUACAAUUUUGUUUCUGGUGUCCUUUGACAGCUCUUUGGUCUUGGCCAUAGUGGAGUUUGGAGUGUGACUGUUUGAGGUUGUGGACAGGUGUCUUUUAUACUGAUAACAAGUUCAAACAGGUGCCAUUAAUACAGGUAACGAGUGGAGGACAGAGGAGCCUCUUAAAGAAGAAGUUACAGGUCUGUGAGAGCCAGAAAUCUUGCUUGUUUGUAGGUGACCAAAUACUUAUUUUCCACCAUAAUUUGCAAAUUAAUUAAUUAAAAAUCCUACAAUGUGAUUUUUCUGGAGUGACGUGUACCUAUGAUGAAAAUUACAGGCCUCUCUCAUCUUUUUAAGUGGGAGAACUUGCACAAUUGGUGGCUGACUAAAUACUUUUCCCCCCCACUGUAUAUGUGGACAGUUCUUCUAACAUCUUCAAUAUGCGCCUCUGAAUUCGAUAAGGACGUGCGCCGUUGCAUUCCCGACGUGUCGGUCUUCACUUGUAGCCUGCUUCGGAGCUGUGAUCCCUGUGAGAAGGACCUGAUCACGUGACGGGCAUUGGCUAAUAAGAAUUGAGAUAUCUGAGAGCGCCUUGUGAGUGAGGGGGGCUUUGGAGCACUACGAUUGGUAGCCGGGAGAAGGGAAUUAUAAUGAUUAUGUUCAGCCCAAGGGCACAACGGCCACUUUGGCCGCAAGGCCUGGAUUAUUUUAGAGGGCAUUACGGCCACACAGGGAAAUUCGAGGCUUGACUAUAUGUAAUACUAUGGUCCUAACCAUAUACCUACUGGCACAUACUGUACAGUGCCUUGCAAAAGUAUUCAUCCCCCUUGGCAUUUUUCCUAUUUUGUUGCAUUACAACCUGUAAUUUAAAUGGAUUUUUAUUUGCAUUUCAUGUAAUGGACAUACACAAAAUAGUCCAAAUUGGUGAAGUGGAAUGAAGACCAAGGAGCUCUCCAAACAGGUCAGGGAAAAAGUUGUGGAGAAGUACAGAUCAGAGUUGGGUUAUAAAAAAAUAUCCGAAACGUUGAACAUCCCACGGAGCACCAUUUAGAUCCAUUCUAAAAAAAUUUUUUAAGAAUAUGGCACCACAACAAACCUGCCAAGAGAGGGCCGCCCACCAAAACUCACGGACCAGGCAAGGAGGGCAUUAAUCAGAGAGGCAACAAAGAGACCAAAGAUAACCCUGUAGGAGCUGCAAAGCUCCACAGCGGAGAUUGGAGUAUCUGUCCAUAGUACCACUUUAAGCCAUACACUCCACAUAGCUGGGCUUUACGGAAGUGUGGCCAGAAAAAAGCCAUUGCUUAAAGAAAGAAAUAAGCGAACAAGUUUGGUGUUUGCCAAAAGGCAUGUGGGAGACUCCCCAAACAUAUGGAAGAAGGUACUCUGGUCAGAUGAGACAAAAAUUGAGCUUUUUGGCCAUCAAGGAAAACGCUAUGUCUGGUGCAAACCCAACACCUCUCAUCACCCCGAGAACACCAUCCCCACAGUGAAGCAUGGUGGUGGAAGCUUGCUGUGGGGAUGUUUUUCAUCGGCAGGGACUGGGAAACUGGUCAGAAUUGAAGGAAUGAUGAAUGGUGCUAAAUACAGGGAAAUUCCUGAGGGAAACCUAUUUCAGUCUUCCAGAGAUUUGAGACUGGGACGGAGGUUCACCUUUCAGCAGGACAAUGACCCUAAGCAUACUGCUAAAGCAACACUCGAGUGGUUUAAGGGGAAACAUUUAAAUGUCUUGGAAUGGCCUAGUCAAAGCCCAGACCUCAAUCCAAUUGAGAAUCUGUGGUAUGACUUAAAGAUUGCUGUACACCAGCUGAACCCAUCCAACUUGAAGGAGCUGGAGCAGUUUUGCCUUGAAGAAUGGGCAAAAAUCCCAGAUGCUAGAUGUGCGAAGUUUAUAGAGACAUACCCCAAGAGACUUGCAGCUGUAAUUGCUGCAAAAGGUGGCUCUACAAAGUAUUGACUUUGGGGGGGUAUGCACGCUCAAAGUCUUCUGUUUUUUUUUGUCUUAUUUCUUGUUUGUUUCACAAUAAAAAUCUUCAAAGUGGUAGGCAUGUUGUGUAAAUCAAAAUUAGGAAAAAUGCCAAGGGGGGUGAAUACUUUCGCAAGCCACUGUAUGUAUACUAACUCACUUAAAGGAAUCAUCUGUUUAAAUGUUAUUUCAUUGAAUAAUUGUUUAAACGCAACCACAUUGAAACAGACAUGGUCUGUAGACUAGUAGUUACCACGUGUCAAUGCCUAGAUUUAGCUCUGCUCUGAUUAUGCUACUUCUCCAUGUACUUUUUAUGAGAUUAUGAGGGUUUCAGGCAGGUUAGCUUUGCAUGACUGAGAGGCAGGCCUACUAUAUCUGCUAUUUCCGGCUUUAGACCACAUCCUGCUACAGAUAGAAUUGGAUCACUCAAUGAGUCUCUCUAGAGACUCUACUGACAGUAAAGGUUAAAAUUGCCCAACAAAAAUUGCCCGUAUUGCACAUUUUAAAUUGCGCUUUCCUACACAUUCCUAUAGCUCUGCUCAGUCCCGAAUGGUACUCUUGUUGCCUUUGGUCUACUAUUUCCAUUAUGUAAGUAAAUGCAGUGCUUGACUUGUACUGAAAUAGGUGCUGGCACUCAUUUUGAGUGCCGGUACAGUUUAUACACUGCUCAAAAAAAUAAAGGGAACACUUGUACAACACAAUGUAACUCCAAGUCAAUCACACUUCUGUGAAAUCAAACUGUCCACUUAGGAAGCAACACUGAUUGACAAUACAUUUCACAUGCUGUUGUGCAAAUGGAAUAGACAACAGGUGGAAAUUAUAGGCAAUUGGCAAGACACCCCCAAUAAAGGACUGGUUUUGCAGGUGGUGACCACAGACCACUUCUCAGUUCCUAUGCUUCCUGGCUGAUGUUUUGGUCACUUUUGAAUGAUGGCGGUGCUUUCACUCUAGUAGUAGCAUGAGACGGAGUCUACAACCCACACAAGUGGCUCAGGUAGUGCAGCUCAUCCAGGAUGGCACAUCAGUGCGAGCUGUGGCAAGAAGGUUCGCUGUGUCUGUCAGCGUAGUGUCCAGAGCAUGGAGGCGCUACCAGGAGACAGGCCAAUACAUCAGGAGAAGUGGAGGAGACGUGGUGGAGGCCGUAGGAGGGCAACAACCCAGCAGCAGGACUGCUACCUCCGCCUUUGUGCAAGGAGGAGCAGGAGGAGCACUGCCAGAGCCCUGCAAAAUGACCUCCAGCAGGCCACAAAUGUGCAUGUCUGCUCAAACGGUCAGAAACAGACUCCAUGAGGGUGGUAUGAGGGCCCGACGUCCACAGGUGGGGGUUGUGCUUACAGCCCAACACCGUGCAGGACGUUUGGCAUUUGCCAGAGAACACCAAGAUUGGCAAAUUCGCCACUGGUGCCCUGUGCUCUUCACAGAUGAAAGCAGGUUCACACUGAGCACAUGUGACAGACGUGACAGAGUCUGGAGAUGCCGUGGAGAACGUUCUGCUGCCUGCAACAUCCUCCAGCGUGACCGGUUUGGCGGUGGGUCAGUCAUGGUGUUGGGUGGCAUUUCUUUGGGGGGCCGCACAGCCCUCCAUGUGCUCGCCAGAGGUAGCCUGACUGCCAUUAGGUACCGAGAUGAGAUCCUCAGACCCCUUGUGAGACCAUAUGCUGGUGCGGUUGGCCCUGGGUUCCUCCUAAUGCAAGACAAUGCUAGACCUCAUGUGGCUGGAGUGUGUCAGCAGUUCCUGCAAGAGGAAGGCAUUGAUGCUAUGGACUGGCCCGCCCGUUCCCCAGACCUGAAUCCAAUUGAGCACAUCUGGGACAUCAUGUCUCGCUCCAUCCACCAACGCCACGUUGCACCACAGACUGUCCAGGAGUUGGCGGAUGCUUUAGUCCAGGUCUGGGAGGAGAUCCCUCAGGAGACCAUCCGCCACCUCAUCAGGAGCAUGCCCAGGCGUUGUAGGGAGGUCAUACAGGCACGUGGAGGCCACACACACUACUGAGCCUCAUUUUGACUUGUUUUAAGGACAUUACAUCAAAGAUGGAUCAGCCUGUAGUGUGGUUUUCCACUUUAAUUUUGAGGGUGACUCCAAAUCCAGACCUCCAUGGGUUGAUACAUUUGAUUUCCAUUGAUAAUUUUUGUGUGAUUUUGUUUGUCAGCACAUUCAACUAUGUAAAGAAAAAAGUAUUUAAUAAGAUUAUUUCAUUCAUUCAGAUCUAGGGUGUGUUAUUUUAGUGUUCCCUUUAUUUUUUUGAGCAGUGUAUUUAGGUGCAAUGCUUUUGAGCUAAUAUUCUAUAAGAGGUGCAGGGACUCGAGCACUAGAAAAUGUGAGGUGUCGGUACUCCGUUCCAGUGAGCUCCUGCUCAAGUCCAGCACUGUGUAAAUUAAUAAUUUAUAAUGUACUUAGCUGGGGGUUGGUAUUGCUGCUGCCCAACAUAGGCCCAGCAGAUGUUAAGAGUAUUUGAGUGGGUUGAGCCUGUGUGUCUCAAGUGCUGCUCCGCUACAUGAAUAAUAAAUAGUGAGAUAAAAAGGCACUCCAGGGUGAAAUGUGUGUUUUACCGUCUGAGAAACCUCUCCUUUUGUCUCACUGAGAAGAAAUAUCAACCUGCUGAAAUAUAACUGACAUCACUUGUCUAGUGCUGAAUUUGUUGUUCAGUGCAGUCACUUGAAUUUUUGCUACAGUACAGUAACUACAGUUGAAGUCGGAAGUUUACAUACACUUAGGUUGGAGUCAUUAACUUGUUUUUCAACCACUCCACUAAUUUCUUGUUAACAAACUGUAGUUUUGGAAAGUCGGUUAGGACAUCUACUUUGUGCAUGACCCAAGUAAUAUUUCCAAUAAUUGUUUACAGACAGAUUAUUUCACGUAUAAUUCACUGUAUCACAAUUCCAGUGGAUCAGAAGUUUACAUACACUAUGUUGACUGUGCCUUUAAACAGCUUGGAACGUUCCAGAAAAUGAUGUCAUGGCGUUAGAAGCUUCUGAUAGUCUAAUUGACAUAAUUUGAGUCAAUUGGAGGUGUACCUGUGGAUGUAUUUCAAGGCCUACCUUCAAACUCAGUGCCUCUUUGCUUGACAUCAUGGGAAAAUCUAAGGAAAUCAGCCAAGACCUCAGGAAAAAAAUGUGUAGACCUCCACAAGUCUGGUUCAUCAUUGGGAGCGAUUUCCAAACGCCUGAAGGUACCACAUUCAUCUUUACAAACAAUAGUACGCAAGUAUAAACACCAUGGGACCACGCAGCCAUCAUACCGCUCAGGAAGGAGACGCGUUCUGUCUCCUAGAGAUGAACGUACUUUGGUGCGAAAAGUGCAAAUCAAUCCCAGAACAACAGCAAAGGACCUUGUGAAGAUGCUGGAGGAAACGGGUAUAAAAGUAUCUAUAUCCACAGUAAAACUCCCUUGUAGCUCAGUUGGGAGAGCAUGGCGCUUGCAACGCCAGGGUUGUGGGUUCGUUUCCCAUGGGGUGCCAGUAUGAAAAAUGUAUGCACUCACUAACUGUAAGUCGCUCUGGAUAAGAGUGUGUCUGCUGAAUGACUAAAAUGUAAAACGAGUCCUAUAUCGACAUAACCUGAAAGGCCGCUCAGCAAGGAAGAAGCCACUGCUCCAGAAACCGCCAUAAAAAAGCCAGACUACGGUUUGCAACUGCACAUGGGGACAAAGAUUGUACUUUUUGGAGAAAUGUCCUCUGGUCUGAUGAAACAAAAAUAGAACUGUUUGGCCAUAAUGACCAUCGUGCUUUGCUGCAGGAGAGACAGGUGCACUUUACAAAAUAGAUGGCAUCAUGAGGAAGGAAAGGUAUGUGGAUAUAUUGAAGCAACAUCUCAAGACAUCAGUCAGGAAGUUAAAGCUUGGUCGCAAAUGGGUUUCCAAAUGGACAAUCACCCCAAGCAUACUUCCAAAGUUGUGGCAAAAUGGCUUAAGGACAACAAAGUCAAGGUAUUGGAGUGGCCACAAUGCCCUGACCUCAAUCCUAUAGAAAAUGUGUGGGCAGAACUGAAAAAGCAUGUGCGAGCAAGGAGGCCUACAAACCUGACUCGGUUACACCAGCUCUGUCAGGAGGAAUGGGCCCAAAUUCACCCAACUUAUUGUGGGAAGCUUGUGGAAGGCUACCCGAAACGUUUGACCCAAGUUAAACAAUUUAAAGGCAAUGCUACCAAAUACUAAUUGAGUGUAUGUAAACCUCUGACCCACUGGGAAUGUGAUGAAAGAAAUAAAAGCUGAAAUAAAUAAUUCUCUCCAUUAUUCUGACAUUUCACAUUCUUAAAAUUAAGUAAUGAUCCUAACUGACCUAAGACAGUGAAUUUUUACUAGGAUUAAAUGACAAGGAAUUGUGAAACUGAGUUUAAAUGUAUUUGGCUAAGGUGUAUGUAGACUAUAACUCAAAAUAGGGCAAAGUGGCCCUUCAGACUAACUAUGUAAAAUUACAUGUUUUGCUUUUACUAUACAUUUAGCAAUCUAUGAAGAAAAUACCUAUUUUAAGCAAUUGUUUUGGAACAAAAUGGCACUUUAAAUAGCUAUGGAAAAUCUGUCAUUCCUUCUGUUAUAUAUUUAGCUAUCUACAGUAUGAAGCGAAAACAAUUUAAGCAAUGGUUUUCAGUCCUCCAUGUCUCUUUCUCUAGGCUGAGAGGGAUAAGACUGGUCUGGCCAACACGGUCCAGGACCUCCAGAGGCAGUUGGAGCUGUCCCAGCAGGCCUUCAGUGAGCAGGAGGACCAGGUGGGCUCCCUGACCCAGCAACUGGAGGCCGUGCAGUUGCAGAAACACAUUCUGCCCCAGGGGAAGCAAGCAAGCGACCAGGGGGACAGCAGCAGCAGGACCCUGGAGAAUGGGGCGGAUGACUACGACUAUGAGCUGGACAUGAAGAGCACGGAGAUGCUGGAGGCCCGGAUGAAGGCGGCCGGCGAGGAGCUGCUGAAGCUGCGUGAGGAGCUGUCCCAGGCGGGGAAACGUUAUUCGGCUCUGGAGCAACGCUGCCGGCAGGAGAAGGAGAGGUGGAGGGGAGAGGCCCAUGAGCUGGCUGAGAAGAUCCGCCAGUGCAUCAAGUCCAGCCGGCAGGACCAGGAGCGCAUCAGCGAGCUGGAGAAAGAGAUCGGAGCGACGAGGAAAGUGGCUACUGAUUCUGAGGGUCAUCUCAGCGUGGCACAGGAGGAACUGCUGGCCUUCUCUGAGGAGUUGGCCAACCUCUACCACCACAUCUGUGUGUGCAACAACCUCACGCCCAAACGUGUCACCCUGGACUACUACCGCGAUGGGGCCAGGGGCCAGUCAGGGGGGAGUGGAGGGAGGUCCAACCACCUUCACCCCCACCCCCAUCACGGACGUAACAAGCGCCGCUCCAAUGAGUUGUUUGCGAAAGCAGUGCACGGAGGGGAUGGAGAUAGUAGGCCUGGUACUCCCCAGGACUCCCGUGACAACUCUCCCUCGCCACGCUGCUCCUCCCCCGCCCCAGUCUGCCCUGGCUCCCCUACACUGGACUUCAGGGACCCCUCCAACGUACGUAACCUGGUGGCUGUCAUCCGCUGCCAGAUCAAACACCUCCAGGUACGAGUGCUGCCUCCAUAUUGUCUUCCACUGAACAUACAUAUUUAAUGAAUAGUUAAUUAAGGUCAUAGUAUGCCGUGCUGAAUUCUGAUCCCACGGUACAGAAUGUAUUAUUUGGCUACGUUCAGAAAGCUUUUAAGCAGAUUGUCUGGCGCUUGGCAUUAUUUGGGAAGCAGAUAUCUGUGAACUGUAGAGUAGUAGACCACUAAUACUACAUAUGAGAGAUAUUUGGGAUAAUUUUUACAUCCUUGCUUCAGUUCCAUUGGAAAGACCUAUUCAGCCACAUGUGUUUCCUGAGUGGUCCAUCAUGUCAGUAAAACUGAAAGUAUGCUGAAUAACAACACUAAGGCAAUAAGCACUCAUCAUGCCUGUUUCCCUCAGGUGGCGGUGGACCUGUGUCGCCAUCGGGGCACGCUGCCCUAUUCGGGAGGGAUCAGCUGUGGAGGGGAGCUGGAAAGCGAGGCUCUCGUGGAGGAGGUGCUGAAGCUCAAGUCUCUCCUCAGCACCAAGAGAGAACAGAUCGCCACUCUCAGGACGGUCCUCAAAGCCAACAAACAGGUAACUUACAACAAGGUCAAGUUGAACACGCACACACACACACAAUCAUGUUAAUGAGACUCAGACGGGUCACUUACUGCGUAACAAGAUGUACAGGUGUGACCAUCAUAAUUGGUCUUACCAAAUGGUCAUCAAUGAGGUGUAGUUCUAUUUUUGUCUUGAAAAUAAAUGUAAUUCCUUGAGGGAUCUAUUUUUCCAUUGAGGGUCUGGGGCUGACUGAAUCUCAGCCUGACCUGUCCAUGACCUGUAAUCCUCAGACCAAAGACAGUAGAUAAUGUCCUAACUCGAUAACUGAGCAUUAAAUCUGACUUUUCUUUUUCUAUUUUUGCAUCCUGUUCUAUUUUCUUGGCUUGUCAAUAAAGCCUUGGGUAUCUGACCCAUAGCAACACCAGUAAGGUCCUCCUGACUGCUAGAACCACCAGUCUGCCUGGAGGCAAUGUUCCUUGUUCAAUUGUCUCAUAUUUUUUUGCAAUCAAUAUACUUUUUCUGUCUUUUUUUCUAUGAAAAACUAAUGAUAUUCCCUAAGGAGAGGGGGAAAGGGGUAGGCUAGACAUCAUUGGAUGGUCUGAGUGUAGACUGAGUCAGAGAUGGAGCACUUUAGUAGGAGAUGGAGUAUGAUUACGUCUUCCUCAGAGAUCUUCCAGUACACUGCUCCUUCCUCCCCCCUCUACUCUGUACGCCUCUAGCCCUGGCUGACCUUCUUCUGUCAACCUCUUCACUGUCUCUCUCCUCUCCUCUCAUUCUCGCUCUCUCUCUCUCACACACAAACUCUAAGGCUAAUCUCUGCUCGAUUAGGCGAGCCUCUCUGUCACGAGUUAGCCUCUGAAUUCAGAUGUCUGGUUCUCUUCUAUUCCACUACCACAAAGAUUCAGACAGAACUAUGAUAUUUUAAUAAGUUAAUAUCAUUAAAAAAAUGAGUGGUUAACCUUUCUUUGUUCCCUUCUAGCACUGUUCCCUUCAGCUGUGCUAGAAAUAGAAUAUGGCCUUUAUUUACAUUUGAGUCAUUUACCAGACACUCUUAUCCAGAGCGAUUUACAGUAAUGAGUGCAUACAUUUUCACUUUAGAAUUAAGUUAUUCACGAGUUAAUUAUUGGUCAUUUAAUUUGACAGGGUACAUGCUGUAUUUAUUGUUUCUGUUUAAAUAAAGGGUUGAUAUUUUCAUUGCUAAAAAUAUGUCCCAUCUGAAAUUUUUUAGGUCAACUUUGACAUCUGUUCUGUACUUUUAUGUAUUUUCCCCACCUGUAACAAUGAGUCAUAAUGUUUAUAUUCCAGACAGCAGAGUUGGCUCUGAGCAACCUGAAGACCAAGUACGAGACAGAGAAGAGCAUGGUGUCUGAGACCAUGGUGAAGCUGAGGAAUGAGCUUAAGGCCCUGAAAGAGGACGCUGCCACCUUCUCCUCACUGAGGGUCAUGUUCGCCAGCCGGUACAGUCAUUUAUAUAUACUGCCCUUUUUAUAUUCCCAAUCACCAAGAAUAACGCCAAUCUAGAGACCUCCGAGUUGGAGGACUACAGUAAUCUCUAUUUAUUUGUUUAGAUUUUAGAUUUAUUUAUUUGACAAUUUAAAACAGAAUUCAGCCUCACAAGUGGAUACAAUGUAUUUCAAAUCUCUGAGGAUAACACACACAAAAGUAUUUCAGUUGUGUGCAUCAAUUGGUGAUGUGCUGCAAUCAAAAAUAUACGUAUUGCAUGACAUAUGUCCAAAGUCCUGUGGUAGGCCUACUCUGAGAUUAGCGUUUGAGGCCUAUUUUCCACUCGGCUGCACAUCAACAGACUCCCUCUGCUGCUGUGAGCAGAUUUAGACCUAGUAGUGGACAGACACUCCAGUGGAACUAAUUGUUUUCCAUCUUAAAGCAGCUAAUCGUCAUGUUUGUGCUCAUGUUUAGAUGAGACAGUCAGACAUUCCAUGACAUGGUAGACUAGAGCUUGGCUGUGACCCAUAUGGAACCUGAUCCCUAUAUAGUGCACUACUUUUGACCAGAGCCCUAAGGACCCUGGUCAAAAAUAGUGCACUAAAUAGGGAAGAGGGUGCUAUUUGGGACGCAUGCUAGCGCUUCCGUCACUACAGUGUCAUCUAAUCAGAUUACCCCUCUGCAGUCCACCACAAUCCCUCUCCUCACGUGCAGGUUAGCACUCACAUGCUACUGCCCUGUUUGGAGCCUCAUCCUGGACCGACCUGUCUGUCGGGUCAAGGAGACUCUCCACGCAACGGCCCCUUCUCCCCCUCUACCCCACCUCCAACAAUCUCUGUAGGGAUAGCUGCUAGCAACGAAGAGUGGACUGUGCAGAGCCUGCCUCACGUGUGAUACUCUGUUGGCAGGCAGAUGUGUUUUUCAGUGUUGGCAUGUGUGUCCUAAACUAGUGUGUGGCGUGACAAAGGCAUUUGUUGUUUGAGAUGGUGUCUGUUGACGUUGCUUGCACAGUUCUGUACUGUGUUGAGUACUGGAGCAACUGUUACUGUAGUGAUUCCACAUGUGGAUGUGUUCUCUUUUCAAUGCAUCUGUGUGUUAGAGGGAUGUAGAAUGACUGGAACGAACUGCAAAAAUCUCUGAAGCUGGAGACUUAUCUCCCUCACUAACUUUAAGCAUCAGUUGUCAGAGCAGCUUACCGAUCACUGUACCUGUACACAGCCCAUCUGUAAUUAGCCCACCCAACUACCUCAUCCCCAUAUUGUUAUUUACAUUAUUUAUUUUGCUCAUUUGCACCCCAGUAUCUCUAUUUGCACAUCAUCUUCUGCACAUAUAUCACUCCAGUGUUAGUGCAAAAUAAUUACAAUUUAGUAUUAUGGCCUAUAUAUUGCCUUACAUCCAUAACUUACUACAUUUGCACACACUGUAUAUAGAUUUUCUAUUGUGUUAUUGACUGUACGUUUUGUUUAUUCCAUAUGUAACUCUGUGUUGUUUUUAUCGCACUGCUUUGCUUUAUCUUGGCCAGGUCGCAGUUGUAAAUGAGAACUUGUUCUCAACUGGCUUACCUGGUUAAAUAUAAAUGAAAUAUAAAAUGUUAAUUUAUCGAUUGUUCAGUACUGCAAGCUCAAGAAGGGCUUUCAAUGAAAGGAGUGUUGGCUCAGAAUGUUUUUUUCCUGGAAAGACAUUAAGCUCCAUCUCUUCACUAGGCAGUAGAUGAGCUGACAUUUGAUUAAGCCUAGCGUUUGAAAGGCCCUGUAAUGCAGGGUGCGGCAGAAGCCUACAGUCUGCUGCUACGGCCAGAUGCCCUGACUGAAAUUUGACUUGGGAAAUGUUAUGUAAUGGUGCCAUCAUGUGGUAAUUUAGAGCAACUGUCUCACACUCAAACUCAAACUAUUAUUCAACCAAUUCAGAAAUGAAACGUUGCUGUCUUUGUAUUUUCUUGGGUUUCUCUCUUCUCUUGGGUUUCUCUCUUCUCUUGGGUUUGUCCCAUGUGAUCCUACUGUCUGUCUUCUCUUAUAAAUGGCUGUCAUCUUCCUCUGUGUGUUUGUUAUAGCUGUUGAGAUGGUGAGCAGUACAUUAUUCAGAUGUUUUCUAUAUGUGUACAGUUUGUAUGACAUUUAUCUGUCUAACAUGUCUACUAAAUGUGUGUUAUUGUGUUGCGCUAACAUGCAUGUGUGACUCCCAGGUGUGACCAGUAUGUCACCCAGCUGGAUGAGAUGCAGAGGCAGCUAGCAGCGGCGGAGGAUGAGAAGAAGACCCUGAACUCCCUGCUCCGCAUGGCCAUCCAGCAGAAGCUGGCCCUGACACAGCGCCUGGAGGACCUGGAGGCCCCUCUGUCCCCCCACAGCUUCGGCAACAGCCCUCGCCGUGCCAGGGCCAGGGAGCUGGGCACCAAGACGGGCCGGGCCCCCCGGAGCCCCCGGCGCAACAGCCCCGUACGGAGCAGGAACAGCCCCCGCUCCAGCCCAGUCCUCACCAACAGUGUGUCCAGCACCGCCAGCCACCACUUCCGAGCCCUCACCCGCAGCCUCCACACCAGCCCUGUAAGAAACGAGUCUUCCUCCACCACUACCUCCUUCCAUCCUGACCCUCUUCCUCCCAUACAUACUUCUUCCUCCUCUACCCGUACCACUUCCCGACCACGCAGAGGAGCCAAGCUCCCCAGGGAUGCCACGUUCAUUAGAAGUCGUAGUGUCACUGAUGUGUUCCGAGCAGGGCUGAGUCUGUGGGAGGAGCAGGAUGACACCCAGUCCGACUCCCGUAGAGGAUCUUCCAGCUCCCUGGAUAGCGCUGUCUUUGGGAGGGCUCUUAUAAGGGGCGCCAGAUGGGCUUCAGGCCCUAAUCGUGAAGACACCUUUUUCACCAAUCGCACUUUGUGCUCCUCUGCCUCCAGAGUAAAGUCUUCCUAUUCCAGAUUGAUAGAGAAUCUGGCCUCUUCCAGGUCUCGGUUUCUCCCUUCUGUCAAUAUUUUAGACCCACAGGAUGCUGUUAAGCCAGUGUUAAAGCCAACCUUGGAGGUUUCUGUUCAUAGAAAACAACAAAACGUUGUUUACAAAUCAAGUUCUUCAGAGGUGGUGUCCACAAAAUCUUCCCAUUCCAAUUCUUCUCCAACCCCAAGGUGCCUUACAGCAGCUCCGCUCUCUCUCCCAAGUCAGUCAAGUAGGACCAGACAGGCCCCAGGCUCAGAAUCACAGAGUAGUUUGAGUAGGCCUAGUUAUAGGGGCACCAGUGAUUCUCCUCACCUACAACCAGCCAGGGCUCUUAGUUCACAGCCCAGAGCUCUUAGUUCACAGCCCAGAGGAUCACGCUCACACAACCGAUGACACUUUGGAGUUUCAUCAGCAUAAGUUCUCUGUAGUCACAAAUAGUCUGAUUAACCAUUACACCCACCUUUGCACACCUUUAGCAGUGCUCAAGAAUUUUGCCCAAGUUAGAGAAAGUAGACAAGCAAAGUACAAUACACCUGGCCUCGGCAUUGAUUGUCUACUAAUGGCACCACAUAGUUCCAUAACCUCAUGUUAAUACUUACUCUUUUUAACCUGUUGUCUUAACCAAUUGUUGUGCUGUGUGGAUCAGUGACAGUAUCCUUUUUUAGUUUGUUUUGGUACUUUGGUUUAUUACUAAAUGUCCUUUUUAUGUCUCUGUCUCCCCCUGUCUCUGCAGCGGUAAAACCUGUCAGUCAUCACGAUCACCCCAACCCCCCAGUCCUCCAUGUCGACCUCCUGAAACAAACGCCUUCCCUUCCUCCUGAAGACGUCAUUCCUCCUAAGACAUCCUCUUCAUCCCAGACCUCCUGA